AUGCAUGAUUUGAAUCGGACGGAGAGCCUGAAGCACAUCAGGGACUUUACAGAGAAGAACUUUUAAAACAACUUGUUGUUUGCUUGAAAAAAAAAACGAGUUUUGAAACCGUUCUGGACUGGCGUCUUACGAUGAGGAAAAGUGAGGUUCUUGCUGCAGAAUCUGUGGCGUGCCUGAAUAAGGCACUAUGUCAUCUGAAAGGUAUCUGGGAGGAAAUUGGUAUCCCAGAGGACCAGCGACUGGAGCGAACAAAUGUUGUCAAAAAUCAUAUAAAAGGGCUGCUGGAUAUGAUGAUAGCAGAGGAGGAGAGCCUGAGACAACGAUUGAUGGAUAGCAUUGCAACAUGCCGCAAAGAACUGCAGAAACUCUGCCAGGAGUUGCAGUUACCUCCUUUUGAGGAAGAUGAGAGCCAGACAAUGCUUCAUCAGGAGAAGACCAUCCGCAUGCGGGUGUCUGCGAUGGUAGAGGAGAAGAGCCAGCGCAUGAGACACCUGAAGGCCCUGACAGACCAGGACCAGGACCUGUGUGACCUGCUCUGCUCGGAGCCGUUCCCCAUCGCCCCAGACCGGGUGCCCUCCACCGAACAGCUGGAGAAGUACAAACAGCACAUCGCUCAACUGUCUGCAGAGAGGGAAAAGAGGCACAGUGAGUUUGUCGGGCUGAAGAAACAAAUAGUUUUCUGCAUGGAGGAUCUGGAUCAACUGCCAGAGACCAGUUUUGAGAAGGAUGUGGUUUGUGAAGACGAAGAGGCUUUCUGUCUGUCCAAAGAAAACAUCAACUCUCUGAAACUUAUGCUUCAUCAGCUUGAGAUGCGCAAGGCGGAGAACGAGGCGGUGUGUGUGGCCUACCGGGAGAAGAUCCAGCAGCUGUGGGAGAGGCUGCAGACCCCGCAGGAGGAGAGGGAUGCCAUGUCUGUCCACAUGACCCUGUCCAAGAAGAGGAACAUGGACGCUUUGCAAGAAGAGUUGGUCCGUAUGGAGGCACUGAAACGAAAAAAUAUCUGUAGCGUCGUAACAUCCAUCCGUGAGGAGAUAGCCAUCCUCUGGGACAAGUGCUUCUACAGCAUGGAGCAACGGCAGACGUUUGGGGCCUACUACGAUGAUGACUUCACUGAGGAGCUGCUAAGUUGUCAUGACGCAGAGAUAGUACUUCUGAGACAGCACUACGAGAGCCACAAGGAGCUAUUUGAGGGCACUUACAGAUGGGAAGAGAGCUGGAGACUUUUCUUAGAUUUAGAGAAAAAAGCAACUGAUCCCUCACGGUUCACCAAUCGUGGAGGAAACCUGUUGAAGGAGGAGAAACAGCGCUCUGAUUUACACAAGAGUCUUCCCAAGCUGGAGAAGAAGCUGAAGGCCCAGAUUGACCAGUGGGAGCAAGAGCAGGGUCGUGAGUUCCUGGUCAAAGGCCAGAAGUUCAUGCAGUACGUGUCUGAACAGUGGGAGCUCUACAGGCUGGACAAGGAGAAGGAGAAACAAGAGAGGCAUCUAAAGAAGAGCAAGCAGAUAGAGGAGGACAUGUUGUACGGUACCUCUGUCCGGUCGCCGUGCAAACGCAGGUUCCUGGGGUCAACCGCCACCCCUGGCAAAGCACGCAAGCUUAAUGCAACGUCCACUCUGUCUGCUGGUACAUCAAACAGCACCCGCUCCGUUUUCGGGGGCACAGUCUGCCACUCCCCUGUGUCUCGGCCUCCCAUGUCUGUCAGCAAGGUUAAUGCCCCGCGGACCCCAGUCAGAGGCAAAGUCCCGCGUGGGGCCCUGAUGGAGCGCAACAAGGAGAACCUGUGCCCUGCCCCAGCCGUCAGUGGUGCGUUGCUGGGCAAGCCAGUUAGCCCUCAGCCUAACGCCAGCAUUAAUUCUGUCGCCAGCACCUAUUCUGAGUUUGCGAAGGAAUGGAACAGCGGUGAGUCCGGCAAAUCCAGCGAGACCUCUCGAAAAUGUCCAAGUCCAAGUGUGUGGCCGAGAUUUUAAACUCAACCGUCACUCACCUUUAACCUUUAACCCAUGACCUUUUGAGGAAGGAAAGAAAAUGAAGAGAAGAUGGGGAAAAAUGCCAUGCAGAGGAGUGAGUGAAGCAUUUUGAUUUGAAUCACCGCUCAUUCCAAAUAAAUAAGCAUUAUGUACAUAUACCGGUAUAAAGGUAAUAUAUUAAAAUAUUAGGCCUGCUUGCUUUGUCACUAAUUAAACACUGUAUUAAGGCUAAGGCCAGAGCUAUUCUGGUUAGAAUGAAAACAUGGUAGUACACUAAAAAGUAUUAAUAAUACAUUUUAACAAGCUAGCAUUCUAUCCCUUUUAAUCUAGACUAUUGCGAAGGGCUUUCUUAUUUAUCCAAGUUAAGUCAGUGCAUUUGUAGAAGGAUGCACAUCAUGAGUAUUUUGCACAUUGUUACUUUGGAUUACAUAUUUAGUUUGUUCUCCCUCCAUGACACUUUGUUUUAUUUAAAACUAUAUAUUAUGUAUGUGUUUGGGUCAAAACAUGUCUUGUUUUAAGUAGUAUGGUUUCCGUUAUUCAAGAAAACUGGUUACAUUUUUGUCUGUUCAUUUUUCAACAUGGAAAAUAUUUUAUAUUCGUUUUUAUCUGUCCUGCUUUGUUAAAUGAAUGUU